AUGCAUCGAUGCCACGGGGCCCGCAUCACAUCGCCUGAUGAAUUCAAUCAGUGCCUGGAUCUCUUUCAGGAGAAGGGAUAUUGCGAAAUCGACACUGCUCGUGUUUACGAUGCCGGCCGUCAGGAGGCCUUUACCCGGGAGGCACAUUGGAAAGAACGCGGUUUACCCAUUGCCACCAAGUGGUACCCUUUGGGCGCUGGCUCCCACCGAGCCAAAAUGCUGAAGGAGAAGCUCGAGGGGUCGCUUCGUGAGCUGGGGACAGAUUGUCUUGAUGUAUUCUACCUCCACGACUUUCAGACGCUGGAUGAGCUGUACCGUCAAGGCAAAUUCAAGCAGCUUGGUCUGAGCAAUUUUUCUGCAUAUGAAGUUGCGGAAAUCGGUUCCUCUGGCAAAUACAAGUCGACCGAUGAACCCACAGAUGGCAGGUUCAGCGAAAAAUCCAGCUACCAGGGCAAAACAUACCGAUGGCGCUAUUUCAAGCCCAGCGUAUGCCGUGCACUCGAAGUUGCACUCGAAGUUCCGGAGCCUGUGGUGGAGAAAUACGGUCUCACUCUAGUCGAAGUGGCGCUUCGCUGGUGUGUUCGCCAUUCGGGGUUGAAUAUCGUUCGUGGAAAAGAUGGUGUCGUUACUGGUUUCAGCAGUCUUGGUCAGCUGCAGGGUAAUUUGGCUGAUCUGGAGAAGGGACCUCUGCCUGCUGAGGUUGUCGACGCUCUUGAUCAGGCAUGGCUUAUCACGGAAGCUGAUUCAAGCACAUUCUGGCAUGGAGAGCUCAAGUAUGCAUAUGACACAGAAGAUGCACUGUUUGGGAAGAAAGAUUCGAAAUAG